AUGUUCAUGAACAUGACGAUACGUAUCGACGGCUCCGAAUACUCUGGGAAGCACUCCAUCACACGUCUCAUUGGUGCUCCUCCGAGCUACGUCGGCCGCGACCAGGGCGUCCAGCUCACGGACUACAUCCGCCGGAAGCCGAACUCGAUCGUGCUCAACGAUGAGAUUGAGACGGCCUCGCGCGAAUUCGUUGCGCUCUUCCUGCAGGUAUUCGACGACGGUCCGCUCACAGACGGUCAAGCUCGCGUGGUUGAGCAACCUCGGCGCGAUGUGUCCCCGUCAGGCCCGAGACGCGCAAGCUCGUCAUGGGCGCGACCCGCGUACAUUCCCGCGUGA